UUCAGAUAAAGGUGAACGGUUUAUCAGAGACAGCAUCUCACUCUUUCUCUCUGUGUCUCUCUGUUUCUCUCUGAAGGAGAAUCAACAAUCUCAGGUUUUUCUGAACAAACAGCAGAAUCUCUGGUCACCAAGACGAGGCGUAACUGAGGAGGGGGAUCGCUGAGUCUCUGCUGAGGCCUAAAAUAAAUGAUUGUUUGUUUCUGGUUGGUUCUCAGCUAAGGUCAUGGGGAGUUCAUUCAGAGAGAUGGACUCUGAAGGCAGCGGGACGAUGGAGGUGGCGGCGCUCGGACGGCAUUUCAGCCUCGGGAUGUUGUACGACUGCCGCAAAGACUCUCUCGUCCCUGGAAUGACUUUGUGGGACCAUGAGGACCUUAAAAAACAUACUGGAGAAAGACCACAGAAUUAUAAUGAUUUUGAUUUAGUUGCUUCUGAAUCAAUUGAGGACAAAUCUUCAGCACUAAAUGUUGAAGCAUCACUGAAGGCAAGUUUCUUGGGUGGACUGGUAGAGGUUGGUGGAUCAGCCAAAUACCUGAACGAUAGUGAGACUUCCACAAAUCAGGCCAGAGUAACACUGAAGUACCAAGCUACCACAAAGGUCCAAGAACUGUCCAUGAAUCAUCUUGGAAGAGGCAAUGUUAAGCAUCCAUAUGUCUUUGAGAAAGGAAUAGCCACACAUGUAGUCACAGGUAUCCUUUAUGGCGCUCAAGCCUUCUUUGUCUUUGACCGUGAGGUGUCUGUCAACGAGAACCAUCAAGACAUUCAGGGCAACUUGAAGGUGAUGAUCAAGAAAAUUAGCUCCGUUUCAAUAGAGGGCGAAGGCUCGCUGAAAAUUGAAGACAAGGACAAAGCAAAUGUUAAAAAACUGUCCUGCAGAUUCUUUGGAGACUUUUUAGUUCAGAAACCUCCAACAUCCUUUCAGGAGGCAGUAGAGGUGUACCAAAGUCUGCCAAAGCUGCUGGGAGACAACGGGGAAAAAGCAGUACCAGUGAAGGUCUGGCUGUUGCCUCUGAUAUAUUUAGAUUCUAAAGCCGCUAAACUUGUCCGUCAGAUAAGUAUAAGAUUAGUUGAAGAAUGUCAGAGUGUCCUGGAGGACUUCAGUGACCUGGAAAUGAGGUUCAAUGAUGCACUGAGAACCCAAACUGCACAGCAGUUCCCACAGAUUGGAGAAAAACUCAAAACCUUUAAACAGAAGUGCUCUCAGUUCAAACUGGAAUUCCAACAAACCCUGGCAAAGAAACUUCCAUCAAUCCGAGGAGGAGGAGAAGAAGAAGCUGUGCUCGCAGAGGAACUGAGGAAGACAUGUUCUUCUCCUUUCAACAGCAAGGACCUGAACGAGUGGAUGGACUGUAAGGAGAGAGAAAUAUACACCGUGAUGUCUCUGACCGACAUGAUGACAAACACCAAGAUCAUCUCAUCUCAAACAGACCUGAACAAAGAAAGCUUCAAAGCAAAGCAGGCUGUGUGUUUUGUCUUCACCUCGCUGGGAAGUGAUGAACCGUACCUCUCAACUUUAUCAAACUACCUUAAACAAACACCCAAACCAGACGACGCUCAAGAUCCCCCCCCUCCAGAUCAAUGGUACAACUCAAGAGAAGAAAUGGAAGCAAUGCGGCAAAAAGCAAAGCUCUUCAGUGAUUUAGCAGAGGCCAACAAGGAGAACAAGAACAUCACAUUCCUGACGGUGGGUUUAACAAACGAGACACAGAAAGGUGCCAGCAUCUACCUUUAUACAGACGGCUUUUCUGUCAAUGAGGACUUUGAGCCGCCUUCAAAGCCUGCAUCAGUAACAGGAAGUGAUAUAAACCACAACAGUGUGACGCUGAACAUUUCUCCACCCAGAUCUGGAGCAGAGGACAUCACCUCCUACUCUGUUGAGUACUGUGUCAGAGGAGAGGACGGCUGGAAACAAGAGACAGCAUCCAAAGCUGAAGAAGUCACAGUGAGCGACCUGAGUCCUAACACAGAGUACAUGUUCAGAUGCAGGGCAGAGACACCAGGAGGUGCCGGGCCAGCCAAUGAACUCAGUGGAUCCAUUCAAACCUUACCCUGCAGCCCUCCUGGAAAACUCCACGUUGAAUCUACCUCAGGUGAGAUAUCAGUCAGCUGGGAGAAACCUGCUGAGCUCGGACAAGAUGUCCACGUUUUGAGCUACAUCGUGGAGUACGCCAAACCAGACCAACAGGUGAAAGAGGAAGAUCUCCACUGGGAGCAAAUGAAGGCAGGAGCUGAGAAGGCGAUCAUUUCAGGACUUCAGCCAGAGACAGAAUACGCUGUCAGGGUCAGGUGUGAUUGUGGUGCAGCUGGAAGAAGCAAAGAAAGCAUCACAGUUAAUGUCGCCACAACUAAACCAAAAACUAAACCUUUACGUCUCGCAGAAUUCCUCAAAAGGAAAAGCAAAAGGAUCAAUUCUGAAUCUCCCUCAGUUUACAAACUGCCUCUGACAGAAGAAGACAUGGAAGUUGAAGGAUGCCGGAGGUACAACUUUGGCAAAGAAAGCAUGACACGAAAUCGCACAAUAAUGCUUCUUGGAGCAACUGGAUCUGGAAAGUCCACUCUGAUCAAUGGACUCAUCAACUACAUCGUUGGUGUAGAGUGGGAGGACGAUUUCAGAUUCAAGUUAGUUGAUGAGGAUCAGUCGAGAUCUCAAGCUGAGAGCCAGACCUCUGAAGUCACUGUGUACAACAUCAACCACCAAGAGGGCUUUAAAAUCAAUUACUCUCUGACCAUUGUGGAUACUCCAGGUUUUGGAGAUACAAGAGGAAUAGAAAGAGACGAGGAGAUCACAGAACAGAUUCGUAAUCUCUUCUCUUCAAAGCGUGGCGUCAGUGAAAUUGACGCAGUGUGUUUUGUAGUUCAGGCUUCUUUAGCUCGGCUCACACUAAGACAGAAGUAUGUGUUUGAUUCUGUGCUCUCAAUCUUUGGCAAAGAUGUUGCAGAAAACCUCCAGAUUCUGGUGACAUUCGCAGACGGCCAACGCCCACCAGUUCUAGAGGCGAUCAAAGCUUCAGGUGUCCCAUGUCCUCAAACAAAAGACGGGCUGCCAGUUCACUUCAAAUUCAAUAAUUCUGCAUUGUUUGCACAGAACCAAUCAUCUGCUGCUGCUGACUCGAGUGGGGAUGAGGAAGAUCUGGAUAUAGUCUGGGAUCAGAUGUUAUGGGAAAUGGGGGCAAGAGGCAUGAAGAGGUUCUUUGUGGCUUUAGAUAAGAUAACAACCAAAAGCUUGACAAUGACAAAGGAAGUCCUCAGAGAAAGAAGGCAGCUCCAGAUCACAAUUGAAAAUAUGCAAAAGCAGGUUAAAGUGUGUUUAGCCCAGCUUGAGGAGAUUAAAGAGACAACUGAACAACUUAAACUGCAUGAAGCAGAGAGCAGCAGAAAUAAGCAGGUUCAGGAGCUGAAAGAAAAGUACCUGAAGGCCUCAGAGGCUAAGGGAACUGUUCAGGAAGUGAUCAACCGAAUGAAGGCUGAAUAUCACCGUCUUCUGACUGAAGUGAGGGAGAUGGCUGCCAAGUCUAUAAACAGACUAGGAGAGAUCGCACUGCGGCCAAAUCCUCUCUCCACUACAGAGUUCAUUGACCUGCUUAUUAAGUGGGAGAAAGUUGGAGCCAAGUCAGGCUGGAAGCAACGAGUCCAGCACCUGAUGGAGAUGAGAGGACAAGCAGAGCUCAUGGGUAAAGUAAGGAGAGGAGAACACCUGCUUUAAAGUGAAGAAUCUUUAACUGAGAGCAACAUCAAGACCAGCUCCAACUGAGACCAAGACAAGAGCUGAACAUGAUAUCAAAGAAGAGACGUGUAAAUACACAAUUAAACAAGACAGGAUAGUGAGUGAUACUGAUCAAGAGUCCUUGAUGGCCAACACAACCAAGUGACCAUGACACAAAUGUUCAUGGGUCAUUUAUGUUUUUUAUUCUGUUCUUACAAAGUUAUCGUUUAACUGUUUUUUAAUCAUGAAGGAUUACAUUUUUCAAAGCAAGAAGGUUCGUCUUGAAGAAAUGCUGAAGGAGCAGCCGAGAGAAGCUCCUCCAGAGUCCACAGUGAUCACAAAUCCUUUGGAUCAAAACCAAACCAAGACCAAACAGAUGCCAGCAAGACCAAGAGGAGAUCUAUCAACAAACUGGAAGACGUCUGUGUUUUUAUAUCUGAGAUGAUCUCACCAACGCUGGGACCCAUCUACUUCCUGUUUGGCAUGUGUGUUGCUAUGGACCAGGGGGAGGUGCUGCCCCGUGUGAGGCUGUUUGGAUCAGCGGUUCUGUAGGAAUAUGAGAGAACCCGGUCCACCCAGCGCUGAGGUGGAAUGCAGUUCAAAGUGAAAUGUUGGACUCUUUACUUCACCACUCUACUCUUUACUCUUCUGCAUCGGGUACCUUUACAUUUAUUACUAUCGCUUCAUUUUGAUUAUACUUUUACACACUUUUACCUAUGUGACAUUUUGAAUGCAGGACUUCUACUUGUAACAGUAUCUAUACAAUGUGGUAUUAUAACUUUAACCAAAGUAAAGUAUCUGAAUACUU